AUGCCUUCCUACGUCAUCACUGAUGUCUCCAAAGGCCUGGAGUUUGAGAUGCUGCGCAUCCUCUCGAAGAACCGCCAAUACAUCGUCAUCGGGCUCGUGCGCGGCAAGGCUGCCACCGAGAAAGCCCCGCGGCCGACACGGGCCGCCAUCACCGGCGGGAAGCUGGACUACCUGAUCGCCAACGGAGGCUACGUGCCCCAGUGGGAUGCGUACGACCCGAUCGGCGAGCUGGCCGAGGAGGCCGACAUGGUCUCGGAGAAGCUGGCCAAGCUCUACCAGACCAACAUCGCCGGCAACAUCCAGCUCUGCCGCUACUUCCUGCCCCUCAUCCUCAGGGGCGACGUCAAGAAGGUCAUCGCCUUCUUGAGCGGCCUGGCCGACCUGAAUUCGCUCAACGGACUAGGCCUGACCAACUCGCCUCUGUACGCCCUCACCACGGCCGGCCUGAACGUGCUGAUGGCCAAGUACUCGGCCCAGUACAAGAAGGACGGCGUCUUGUUCGUCAGCAUAUGGCCGGGCAUGGUCGAUGUGGGCCACUUUGACAAUGCUGGAAGCAGUCAAGGCCAUGGAGGCCAGGUUCAAGGCGGCCAUACCCGGCUUCCCGGCCCCACGAAGCCAGAUGUGGCCAUGCAAAACGUCAUCAACCUGUGGGAGAAGGCUAGCAUCGAGAACGGGAUACAGGGCGCGCAGGGCGGCAAUCUUCAGCUGCAUCGUCUGCUGGUGCAGUCCACUGCGGUGUAG